ACUGUCAAUUUUAUUAUUCAUUGUUGUUGCCUGCUGAUGGCUAUUAUUUCCAAUUUACAAAUAUCGCAAUUUUAUUUAUAGUUCUGUGAUUGUGAAUUUGUGAUAUCAAGAUGAUACAACCAGAUUAUCCUUCAACUCUGGGCUUACUAGCUCACCUAAACUCGGACGAACUUAAAGAAAUGUUAAAUGACGACACCAAAUUCGACAGUGUUUUAAAAGACGUAAAACAGGUGAAAGAUUGGGAAACAGAACGAGAGAUGACUAUAGCAAGCAAUAGAUCCUUAGCCGAGUUUAAUUUGAGCAAAGAGCCGGAACUGGAGGAGGCGAAGGCAGCAGUUUUGGAAAAAUCAGAAAUGGGAGAACAGCUGUGCACUCGCAUCCAGGACUUAUUGGAAGAAUACAAAACAAAAUCAGCUGGCAUAUCUCCAGACACAACUCAAGCUCUUCUACAGACAGCGGCAGCAGAAUCUGAGGAACAAUCAGAGAAUCUUGCACAAGAUUUCCUAUCAGGGAAGAUACCAGUUGAAAAGUUUCUUGAAGACUUUGAACCAGCUCGCAAAAACAUGCACUUACGGAAAUUCAAGGCUGAGAAAAUGGCUGAACUACUCCGAUCUGGCAGUCAAAGCUCCUUUGGUAAUGGCUUCUCAAAGCCAUACUUACCAUAUCCAAGUUACGGCCAACAAGGACCGCCAAGCGUGCCAUAUCCCAUGGGACCACUCAACAUGCCCAUGCCAGGAAUGUAUGGCAAUCACUUUUAAACUCAAUGUGUUCAUUGAAAUUAUUUCCUAUAGAUUAUAAUUUUUUUAUUUGAAAAUAUGAAUAUGAAUCAAAUAUUGUUUAUAAAGAUUUGUUGUGCCAAUGUCGGCAUCAAUUUAAAAUAUCUUUGUCAUGUAAAAGUUUUAUUCUAUUGAUUGAUAGUCAGUCAACAAUAUUUGAUUGACUGGUUGAUAACCUAUAAACGUGUCGUAAAUACCUAGUUUUUAUUUGAGUGACACGGUUUUUAUUGUUUGUGGAAUGUGAACAAUUUCAAAUUCAAAUCUGAUAUUGUAAGUAGGACAUUAUAAAUUUCCACAUUGUCUCAUUAUUUAAAUGUUUUGCCCAUUCGAACAAAACGGGAAUAUUGUGAAAAAUGCUUUUAAUUUAAUUUUAUUAUUUUCUCAUAUUGUAUCUUUUUUUAGGAUAGCAACAGUUAUAAAAUGUUAAAUAUAAAUCAAUAUUCAAGGAUUUGUUUAUUUCUUAUAAUCAAUGUGUACUUGUUGACAACAAAUCAGUUUAUACAUAUAAAUAUAAUUACAAGGAUUCCUCAGUCCUUUUCCCUUGUCUGAAUGUAAAGAUCAUAUUGCACUUCUCUAGAAAUAGAUAAAUGUUUACUAAAUUGCACCAAUAGAUUAAAAAUCGUCUUACUGUAUAAUAGUCAAUGAAUACAACAAUCUACUUUUUGAUUGAUAGAUUGAUCAAUCGUUUAUUGGUUGUUACUUGUACACUAAUAAAUAGUCAGAAUCAUAAAUGUUAUUAAAUUUGUUAUAGCUGUCUGUAUUUGAUGUUUACCAGCCAGAAAGUAAUAAUUUAGAUCAAUAGUUUCCAUAAAAACUAAUGUGAUGACUAAUGCGUGUGCCUAAAGAUCAGUUGACUGGAAUCUUGCAAGCAUUCGUUUAGAUAAAUGUAGUGCUUAUCGUAAAUAAACAACUAUAUGAUUGAGAUUUUUGAAUAACAUUAAGCACUCCAUAAUUUGUUUUAGUUUGAAAAACUGUAUCAUGUUUCAAUGUGUUUAAAUUUAAGUGACAUGUCAAUUCUACUUGUGUAAAUAUUCAUUGUUAUAGGUAUUUUGCUCUGAAUUUAUGAUCAAAGCUUUUAUUAUUUAUUGGGUUGAUUGUCCACAAAUAGAUUGAUCAAUAUUAUAACAGAAUCACAUGACAGUAAAUUCAGUAUAAAUAAUAAUCGCGUAAAGUGGACAUUUUAAAUAUUUACCCAACUUCAAAAAGGGUGAUUUUCAUUAGUUUGUUCAUUGGUUAUUUGAAACGUAAACUGUCCGCUUGGUGUUGGUGCUUAGUAGAAGGAAAUGUGAUUAUAACAAUUAUAUGAAUUAUUCGUCUAUUAGUGAUACAUAGUUAAUUAAAUACAUGCAAUUUUGCUC